AUGGACCUCCGCACCAUCUACAACGAGUAUAUCUCGACCCUCAACGACAUGGGCUACUUACGGCUCUCACCAUUCGUCGCCGAGAACGUGGUGCACAACUCCUCCAAGGCCAUGACGCCAGACGAGUACGGACAGAUGAUCCUAGAUAGCACCAAGGACUUCAAGGACUUUAACUUCGAGGUGGAGGAUCUGGUGGUCGAGGAGGACAGCGUGGCCAGCAAUAACGGAGAUGGCACCGUGGCCGCGAGGCUAAAGUUGAGUUAUGAGCCGCCUGGAAUACAGCCCGGACUAUGUAGAUUGGUCUUUUAUGAGCAUGUGUUUUAUAGGUUUGAGGCUGGCAAGAUCUCUAGGGUGUGGAGUUUGGUCGAUUUGCCGAAGGAUAAAUGA